CUUGCUCUCUCUCCAACCAUUUUUCCACUCAUAAUCCCAUAGUUUUCCUCUAUGGCUUCAUCUUCAUCUUCCUCUUCCUCUAGUCCAAAAGAAAAAUAUGAUGUCUUCCUUAGUUUCAGAGGUGAGGAUACUCGUAGAACAAUCACUAGCCAUCUCUAUGCUGUUUUGUGCAAUAAAAAAAUACAAACGUUUAUCGAUGAUGAAGGCCUCAAUAGAGGAGAUGAAAUUUCACCAGUGCUGUUAACAGCAAUUGAAGAAUCAAUGAUUUCAGUGAUCAUUCUCUCAUAAAACUAUGCUUCUUCUCGAUGGUGCUUGGAAGAACUUGUGAACAUUCUUGAUUGCAAGCGAAUGAAUAACCAGAAGGUUAUACCAAUUUUCUUUCAGGUAGAUCCAUCGGAUGUAAGGAAGCAAACUGGAAACUUUAAGAAUGCCUUCGUUAAGCAUGAACGUAUGAAAGAGAUGAAAGAGAAGGUGCAAAGGUGGAGAGUUGCUUUGACUGAAGUAGGCAAUCUAUCUGGAUGGGAUUCAUCAAAAACCAAGUCUGACGUAGAACUUGUGGAGAACAUGUCAAAGAUAUAUCAAAGAAAUUGAAAGUAAACCAACAUAUGUGAUUUUGAAGGUUCAUUUGGAUUAGAG